AAGAUGGCGGAAACGGCCGAGGCUGACGUCAGCGCGGCCCGAAGUGCGGCCGGGCAGCAAGAAGGAUCAGCAAUGGCGACUGUGGAGAGGAGACUACCCAGUCCGGAGGCGCUGGCGGGACAGCCCUGGACCCACUGGAUCGAUGCCGCCAAACAGCACGGGGCGGACGGCACCGAAUUGGAAGAAACUUUUAAGGAGUGCGGGAAAAACCGGGAGGUGAUGCGGCUGAGACGGGAAGAUAUGCCAAUAUUUGGUCACUGUCCAGCGCAUGAUGAUUUUUAUCUGGUGAUGUGUAAUCAUUGUAAUCAAGUUGUAAAGCCCCAGGCCUUUCAAGCACAUUAUGAAAGAAGACACGGUACUUCAAACAAACCACCUGUGACUCCUCCAACCUCGAUAUACUCUUAUUCUUCCACGUUCUCAAAAAACAGAAGCGGUAGUGAUUGUGGGAACAGUCGCUCUUCUGGUGGAAACUGUGCUUCGUUUGGCUCUAAGAUACAGAAAUCCCCCAAAGAGAAACUUCACAUCAGUGGUAUGAGCAGACCACUUUACCUGGUUCACCAUGGCAAGAUGCACCAUGAUAAAAACAUGACUUCAGUGGUCAGACCAGAGAAGAUGCAUCCUAAUGUGAAGAUUGAUGGCACAUCAUUGAAAAUGAUGCCAGUUCCUGUUCAUUCCACCACUGUGAAUGCUUCAAUAAAAACUGGCCUUAAUUGCCCUACAAUACCAAAGGCACCCCUGCCCUCCACUGGACAGAUACCCAAUGGUAAAAAUCUUCUGUCAACUCCUUCAUCCUCAGAAAAGAAACUUGAAGAUGCUAAAAAUAUCAAGAAGUCCUCUUCUCAUAAACGACUGUCAGAGCGGGAAUUUGACCCAAACAGACACUGUGGUGUACUCGAUCCUGAAAGCAAGAAACCAUGUACAAGAUCUUUGACAUGCAAGACACAUUCCUUGAGCCAACGGAGAGCAGUACCAGGUCGCAGGAAAAAUUUUGACCUUUUGUUGGCUGAGCACAAAAACAAACCCAGGGAAAAAGAAUCUCAUCGAAUCUCUGAGCAUCAUCACCAGGCACCCCUUCUCAGGGAAUCACAUCCCUCACCAUCUAAGACUUCCCAGGAAUUGCAUCAGAAUUCCCAUGGGAAUAUUACAUCGGAUGUAAAACAAAUGGUGUCUGGCAAAACCAAACUUCACAAUCCAAGUCUUCCAAGGCCUGCCGGUUGUACAUUACAGCACAGUGGCAAUACCACUACUGACACCACACCGGUGUGCGAAUCUCACCCCUCAUUAGUGGGAUCAGACUCUGCAUCCAGGUUGUCUAGUGAUGAGGGAGAAUGUGACGAUAAAGAGGAAUCUGCAGAAAAACUAGACUGCCAUUAUUCUGGACAUCAUCCUAGACCAGCAGCUCUUUGCACCUUUGGAAGCCGGCAGGUUGGCCGAGGCUGCUUUGUCUUUGACAGGCGAUGGGACCGCUUUCGAUGUGCACUUAGCUCUAUGUUUGAAAAGCAUCAUAAUUCUCAGAUGUGGAAAAGAAUUCCUCCUGCAGUGGAAAGCCCUACUUCAGCACAGUCAAGCCCAUAUGUUACUAGCACAAACUCUACACUGUCACAUUACAGUGUUAGUGCUACAGGUUUUAUUCCCUCUACGUCAUUAUCAUCAUCUUUGGCGCCUCCAGUGUUGGUUUCUUCUCCGUUUAUGUCACCCAUUGAAAGUAAAUCUGUGCUAUCGUAUGCAACUACUCUAAAUGCUCACCCUGCUGCCUUGGGCGUCAUGGACCCUGCUUAUUGUAUGCAAUCUAGACAUGUGUCUUCACCUUCUGUGAUGCCUUCUGGGCUUUCUUCAGUUCCUUCACCCGUAUUUAAUAAACCUCAAAAAAUGAAACCCAGCAAGUCUUUUAAACCUAAAGAUCUGUCAUCUACCAGCAGUAAUAGUAAUAGCAACACCAGUAGCAACAAUAACAGCAGCAGUUCUGGAAAGAAAAGAAAAAAUAUUUCUGCACUGCCACUGCAUUCUUCUUCCACUCAUUCCACAGAAUCUCUGAAGAAAAAUUGUGUGAAUUCUGGGAGCUUGGGGACCUCUUUCUACUCAUCUGUCACCUCAUCAUACAGCAGCGUGCACAACGUCAGUCUGAAUUGUACAAGCAAGAUGAACUCUUCAGGCCUCAAACAUGACCAAUCAGGAAAAGGACUCCAAAUGGGGAUUCCUGCAGAAUCGAUUAAACGAAUGAGUGUUGUUAUGAACAGUAGUGAUUCCACUCUCUCUCUAGGGCCAUUUGUUCAUCAGUCAAAUGAACAGACUGUAAAUUUACAUGGUGGCUUUUCACACCCACAUACCCCACUGGACAAACUGGAAGGGAAAAAGCGGAAAAGCUCACCAGGUUCAAAUACCAUAAAUAGUGGUAACAAAUCGAACAAGAUUGCCAAAUCACCUGUGGUAAACAAUGUUCAUUCAAAACAUCCCAAUGUGAUCCCAGGAACACCAGGGCUUUCCAACAACACUCUCCUUCAUCAGCCAAAGGCCCGACCCUAGUACCAAUGCUCUACUGGAAGAAACUGGACAUCUUUAUUUUUUUUAAGCAGGCAUCUGAACUGUAAGAGGCCUUGGAAUUAUCUCAACUUCCCGUAUUCCUCAGGUCUGGAGGUACUGUGGUUAGCAGAAUUUAAGCAUUGAAUAGGCUCUAAAGCCAAGUUUGUGGAAAUGCCAGCUUCUGUAAUGGUAUAUUUUAAAUUGAAUUCACAUAGAUAUCUAGAUAAAAUUUGGCCAUUGCAGCUGUUCAAAUCAGUAUUAAAUAUUGGGUUUGGUGAUAAAAUGACUACUGAUCUGAGAUUUAUGCAAAAUGCAGUUUUUAAACAACUUUCCACUGAUGAGUGCAUUGCUGAACAGAACUGCCAAGAGUUUAAGCAUAAUGACAAAUUAAGUUAAUGGGAUGUUUUUGUUUUAACGACCCUUGGCAUCUACUGGAAAUUUGUAACACAAAACAAAUAUGUUGUAUUUAUUUUUUCAUUA